GCCUGGCAGGAUGCUGGACUUGCCCUGUCCACAACGAGCAAUGAAGCCUGUAAGCUAUUUGAUGCCACGCUGAGACAGUAUGCAACCUGGGCCAGUGAUGAGAGCCUUGGAGGUAUUGAGGGAUCUCUCUCGAAGUUAAUAGCUGCAGAUCCAAAUUUUACAAUGGGACAUGUCAUUGCUAAUGGUUUGCAGCUGAUUGGCACCGGAAGUUCAGUGCGGCUCAACAAAGAGCUGGACAGUGCAAUGAGAACGAUGAUGAUGCUUUCAAAAUCGCAGCCACUGACUGAGCGGGAGAAGCUUCAUGUAUCAGCGUUGGACAUGUUUGCCCGUGGCCAACUUCCAAAAGCUUGUGAUCUAUGGGAACAGAUUCUGGAGAGCCACCCAACUGACCUGCUAGCCCUUAAACUUUCCCAUGACACUUAUUUUUACCUGGGAUAUCAGGAACAGAUGCGAGAUUCUGUUGCCCGUGUUUAUCCUUUCUGGACACCUGACGUUCCACUGAGCAGCUACGUGAAGGGCUACUAUGCUUUUGGACUCAUGGAAACAAACUUUUUUGAUCGUGCUGAGGAGCUUGCCCGAGAGGCUUUGGCUAUAAAUAAAACGGAUGCGUGGUCUGCUCAUACUGUAGCUCAUAUAAAUGAAAUGAAAGCAGAGGUGGAGAAAGGGUUAGAAUUUAUGAAGGAAACAGAAAACAACUGGAAGAACAGUGAUAUGCUUGCUGGCCAUAAUUACUGGCACUGGGCUUUAUACUUUAUUGAAAAGGGUGAAUAUGAGGCUGCUUUGACGAUUUAUGACAAGCAUAUCGCUCCCCGGUGCCUGUUGAGUGGAAGCAUGCUGGAUAUAGUAGAUAACUGUUCGAUGCUGUACAGGCUUCAUCUGGAAGGUGUAAAGCUUGGAGACAGGUGGAACAAUGUCUUCAAGCUUACAAAGAAGCACACCAAAGAUCACAUUACACUGUUCAAUGAUGCACACAUCUUGAUGUCCUCCCUUGGAGCCAAAGACCACAAAGCUACUGAGGAGCUUUUAACAACUCUUCGGGAACUUGCCAAAACACCUUCUGAAGACCAUGAGCUUUCCCUGGCUCCCAGUUUGGGGUUGCCACUGUGCCAGGCUUUUGUGGAGUUUGAAAAUGGAAAUUGUGAUAAAGCUGUAGACCUGCUGUACCCAAUCCGUUAUCAACUGAUCCAAAUAGGAGGGAGUAAUGCUCAGAGAGAUGUUUUCAACCAGUUAUUGAUUCAUGCUGCUUUAAAUUCUAAAUCACAAGCCAAAAAAAACCUUGCAAGGUGCCUCCUGAGAGAACGUGAUAUGAUGAGACCAAAUUCACCAUUGACGGAGCGACUUAUGAGGAAGGCAGCAUCUGUUCAUUCAGUGGCAUAA